UAAAAUCAAAUGUAGGAGUUCGACAUUAUCUCUCAGUGAGGCCUGUUGAUAUUUUUAAAUAUGAUUAAAAAUAACAAAAACCAGGGGAUAUUUACACAUGUAGCUACUUCUGCAGGAAAAAAAAGGUACAGAAAUGUGGCCAGUAGACUUUUUAAAGUACAGGUAGCAUCAUGACUGACUGCAGUAAGGUUAUAUAGUUUGACACUUAGAAAUAAUAUUGCAUUAUGAAAUCAUAAGAAUUGUCAAUAGCAGCACAAUGACUCACCAAGGCAGGUAACUCAUUAUCAUGACCUAAAUAUAAAAGAAGUAGGAUUGGCUCUAUUGAAGAUAUUAAGGCAUCCUAAGAGAAGAAAACUACCAGCAGUUAAGUUUACAGAAGUCUAUUGAGAAGCAUGUAUAUUUUUAACUGUUGUUUUGUUAUUUUCUAUGCAAUAAUAAAGCCUAAUCACAGGAAAUGCUUAAAUUUUUGACUCUGCCUUGUGUUUAGUGAGUCCUGGGAAACAUGCCUGCUCACACAGUGUUACUAAUAAUAAAAUAAAUUAUUAAAGCUGACAGAAUUUUUAUAGCUAAUGCGUGUGCUUUAUGUGCACUCCACUUUCUUCAGCCUAGGCAAUGAACAAAAAACAAUCAGUUUCUGUUUCUCUUAUUCAUGUGCCAGCACAAUGUUAUUAUUUGUAAUCAUAAAAUUGCUGGAAAUCUUAAAAUGCAAAGAAGAAAUAGUGAAAAACAGGCAAAUAAACUCUUGGGUUUAAAUUAGAUUUUCUGUUGACAGUAUGUUCUUGUAAUAUUCCUUUCUUUAAUGGAAAAUAUAAAUAUCUAAAUAAUAAUAAAGUGUUCAAUGGUUUGUCAUAAUUAUUAAGAUUGACAACACUCUUCUAAUAAACAAAAAUUCAUUUGUUUGUACAUAGGAGAGAGUGGUAUUUUUAACUUGAGAUCUUAAACUCAGAAAAGAUUUACAAAAGCAUUUGAUAAAAUAAAUAAUUUACCUGUAAUCUCAAACACUAGGGGAAAUGGCUUCAAGCUUCAGGAGGGUAGAUUGAGGUUGGAUAUAAAAAAGUCUUUUGGAACAGGUUGUACAGAGAGGUGGUUGAUCCCUCAUCCCCGGAGACAUUCAAGGCAAGACUGGAUAAGGCUCUGGGCAACCUGAUGUAGCUGUUGUGUUCCUGUUCAUUGCGGAGGAGUUGCGCUAGAUGACCCAAAGGUCCCUUCCAACUCUUAGGAUUCUUUGAUUCUAUGUACUUAGGCUGCUCUGAAAGUAAUGCUUCCUAUUUAUUUCCAUGGAAACCAGAACAGAUGCAAAGAGCGCAAUAGCAUUAUGUGAGCAAAUUCUCAGAUACAAAAAACUAUAUUUUUCAACAUUGUCAUCACCAUUAGCUGUGCAUUUUUUUCCAUGACUGCAGUCAUAGGAAUUCAAAUUGCUUUUGUAAGCCGAACAGUUUUACUCAAAAACUUCAGACCAUGCUUAAAAUGGCCAUUAUCUGUCUGCUUUAUUCCUCAUUAUCCUUACCCACUUUUGGGGUAUGAAUAGCUAUUGCUGCAGUAUGUGAUUUUUUUCCUAAGUUUACCAAGGGAGGAUUCUACUGUGCGCAGAAAUGUGUCAUCAAUUUAAAAGGAUUCUUCUCUGUAUGAAACAAUGAAACUAUAAAUUAUCAAAACAAAACUGAAAUGUCACCUUAAACUAAUGAAAUCCAUCAUCAGACAACACAGAGCUGACACUUCUGUGAGCCCCUUUAAAACUCAGAUUAAGAAGAGAAAAUUAAGCUUGAAAUGGAGAGGAAAUAAUAGUAUUUCUCUUUUCUGUGACACAAGUUGAGAACAGUAUGUUGAUUGUUCUCAGACAAGCUGAUCUCAGUGGUCCUCAAAAAUUGCUUUAAAAGGCUGAUAAUGUUAUCUAGUGCUGGAGUGGAAAAAUACUGAUAUAGAUAUGAAAGCAAGAAGAAAUAUAAUUUGAUUACAAUUUCAGCUGUCUGAGGAGCUUCACUUUUCAGGUUGUAAUGAACUAGUAUAUUCAUCACAGAAUCACAGAGUGUUUUAGGUUGGAAGGGACCUUCAAGAUCAUCUAGUUCCAUCCCCUGUGCCAUAAGCAGGGUUGCCUCUCCCUAGAUCAGGCUGCCCAGGGCUCCAUCCUUGAGAACAGAAUAUCUGUCUUGCGGCUGAUCCAUAGCCUUGCUCCCAUAUCUCUCCUGUAGGGACACAGCUGCAGAACUGCCAUACUAGCUCAACCUCAUGGUUAUUCUAAUCCAGUUUCCUAUCUCUGGGAGUGGGCAGUACUGAUUGCUGCAGUGGAAAGUAUAAAAAAAGCCUGCACAGAUGGCUCUUAUAAAAUAACCUGUGCAUGCGGGAGUUUUCUUUUAAAUUCAUUUAAAUAUAUCAAGGCCUGCUUAGAAAUUGAGGUGUUUCUAGCUUUUAAAUUCACAUUAUUAAAAGUUAAGUUUCAGAUCAGCUUGGGUGUUCACAGUAUCAGCAAACACCCCCUGAUCCAUGUGUUUAAAACUAAGUAAUAAGUGGUGUUCCUCAGGGGUCAGUAAUUGGGCCUGUCCUGUUCAAUAUCUUUAUUGAUAACCUAGAUGAGGGGAUUGAGUGCACCCUCAGUAAGUUUGCAGAUGACGUCAAGUUUGGUGGAGGUGUCAGUCAGUCUAAGACUCUUCAGAGGGAUCUACAUAGGCUGGAUCACGGGGCUGAGACCCGUGGGAUGAAGUUCAACAAGCCAAGUGCCGGGUCCUGCACUUUGGCCACGAUGACCUCAGGUAAUGCUGUAGGCUCGAGGCAGAGUGGUUGGAAGACUCUGUAGAAGGAGAGGACCUGGGGGCAUUGGUUGACACUUCGUUGAACAUGAGCCAGCAAAUAUGCCAAGGUGACCAAGAAGGUCAAUGACAUCCUGGCUCAUAUCAGAAAUAGCCUAAACAGCAGAAGCAGUGAAGUGAUCACCCCUGUGUUUAUUUUUGGGUCCCUUGCUAGAAGAAAGGCAUGAAGGCCCUGGAGCAUGCCCAGAGAAAAGAAACAAAGCUGCUGAGGUGUCUCCAGUACAAGUCUUAGGAGAAGCAGCCGAGGGAGCUAGAACUGUUUAGAGUGGAGAAGAGCAGGCUCAGGAAACAUUUCAUCACUCUCUGCAGCUCCCUGAAAGGAGACUGUGGCUAGGUGGAGGUUGGCCUCUUCUUCUGUGUAACUAGUGACAGGACAGGAAGUGGUGGCUUUAAGUUGCUCCAGAGGAUAUUCAGGUUGGAUAUUAGGAAAAAUGUUUCUGAAAGUGUGGUCAGGCAUUGGAAUGGGCUGCCUGAGGUGGUUGAGUCACCAUCCCUGGAAACAUGCAAGAAAUGCUCUGGUGUUGUACUAAGGGAUGUGGUUUAAUGGGGAAGUACUGUUGACAGGUGUAUGCUUGGACUGGAUGAUCUUGGAAGUCUUCACCAACCUUAGUGAUUCUAUGAUUCCAUGACUGCUAGUAUUGGUGUUACCUCACACUGCUGAAUAUCAGAGACCAGCUGUUUUUUUUUUGCGGGGGGGGGAAGGGUGUCAGUACUCAGAGGUUCCCUACUGUUACGGAAGCGCUGAUUUGAGGAACUGGGGAACUGUUUCUGAGCUGCAGCUUACUUGAAUAAAGGUUUUAAGUUUUCUAUAGGGGCACUUCUGCAUUGCUGAAAAACACUGCAUUAGGCUGUGCAAGACUGCAAAGAAUAUAUAUUUAUAAUAUUUAGGCCAAAUCCUGAGGUUAGGAUCUUCAGCUGCUUUUAGCUUCAAAUAGAAAUGGGAACUUCAACUUAGUCUUUGCACACUCCAGUUUUUCUCACUCAGCUGCUUGUGAGAGUUUAGAUGUAAUUUUGCCUUGGGCAUGGAGCCAGCCUCUGCAACACUGAGAGAAGUGAUAGUUCAGGGUUGCUCUUUUACUUCUUUUCAUCACUGCUGAGUGUUGUUUUACUUUCCUCAUUUCAGAAAGAAACCGAUCAUCCAGUGUGUGGGCUGUCAUCAGCUCCCUCCCUUCCUCUCUCAUUUUCUUCUGUAGUACAACCCAGGGGUGACUUCUAGUACUGCACGGUUUCCAUACCCUGGUGUUCUGCCCCCUUGCCUGCAGUGCAUGCCAUGAAUCCCCCUCAGCAGACACACUACUGCACAGGGUGCAAUUGCUAAGGCAGCAGCUGUGCUUAAAUAGAGAUCUAGCAAUCUGCUGUGUACAAGUAGAGGUUUCAGCUUAUUGGAUAGGGUUGCAAAACCCAUGACAUCCAGCAUCUUGCUUGAAGCAAUGACCCAUACUUGAUGUUUCAAAUGAAGCUGAAAGUACCUAACAGUGUAACUUGGGAAUUGGAUGUGGCAGAAGCAAAAGAUUUAGUUUACCUUUUCUGCUGGCCUAUGAAUCGAAAGCACAGUUACUUCUUUAAGAGGCUAUAGAGGCAUCAGUCCCUUCUAUGUCUGUAGUGGAACUGCAGAACAAUUCAGGUCUAGGAAAAAACAUGGUCAGAGAGAGUACAUGUGCAAUUCAGACUUGCUGGAAAAUGUCUUUUCUAUCUUUCUAUCUAAAUCUACAGGCAGGUUAGAAUUGCCUUGGCCAAGAUACCAAAACUUAUUGAAUUACAUGCUGUUCAAACUAGCACACUGUGCUGUUAACAUUGUUUCAUUAUGUUUUAUUACUGAUUGCAGGACCACUGGUAUGGAACACAGUGUGUUCAGAUAAAGCUCCUCUGAAGCACCAAUUUGGUGAAACAGUGGAACCGAUAGUGAUGUACCGAUUAAGAUAGCUUUAAUGGGUUAUAAAAGCACUGUCCAUCCUACAGAUGGUCUUAGAAUACUGAUUGUGGUUUCCAUGUUCUAGUCAUCAUGCAAUUUUAAAAAUAAUUAUAUUUGUUGUUAUUGCCUGUGAUAUUUUUUCUUAAACUGUUUGCUAGUGAUAAUAAGACUAAAAUGUUCUCUACAGUGAAUUUCAUUUGAUUUUCAGAAUCUCAGAAGGACCGAAAUCACAGGUCAGAAAGAGAUUUGAAUUUUUGAUCAUGCAGUGGUUCAGAAUGUUUCAAUGCAUGCUGAAUCCCAGCCCCAGUAAUCUGUUCAUUUUUGAUAGGCUACUGGAUGCCAUUUCAAGUGAAAGGUAAAAUCUAGAACCUCUAUUACCUUGUGGACAUAGAGAUACCAAUGGUGUAGCAAGGACUAAAAACAAACAAGCUCUCAGGUCUUCAUUGGAGAAAGAUUUUCUGAUUCAUUUCUUGUUGGAUUUGUUAUUAUUAUUAUGAAGAUCUUUAUUUCUUUGUUGGUAGACUCAUUUUCCAACUCUGUUCUGCCCAAAGGAUGAACUAGGACUCAAAAAUUUCAUCCGCUAACGUAAUCAAAACAUUGAGCUAGCUUGAAAAACGUGGAUUUUUCAAUCACAUGGGAACAUAUAUUUGUCAAUUCCAGAAGAUGCACUUGGAGGAGAUUUUGAUUGAUUCUGGGGACUGGAAUGGAAAUCUCUCAUUUGUGUCUGGCUAAAUACAGACACCACUAAUUAGGAGAAUGCUCUUUUGGUUCAUUGUGCAGAUAUUAGCUUCAUUUCAGUGGAGGCAAAAUCUUGGAUCCUUGAUUCAAAAAUAGGUAUUGCAGACAUUCCAUGGAGGAAAACUCUUUGAAAUAUCUCCUUGGGAACAUGUAGUUCCCUGCAUUUGUGCUUAACAGUAGAGCGUAAUUAGAUUUCAAAUUAAUGUAUCAUGUGACUACCCUCAAACAAGACUAGGUUACGGUGAGUUAAUUUCCUCUUUUGAGACCUUAAUUCUACAUUCUACUUCUAUUUUAAGCAUAUGUGUUUGAGAUAUAUGUAUGACUCAUAUGUUUAUACGUAUGUGUAUUCACAUCUCAACUAAUAGAAUAGAUAGUUGACCUCAUGUCCUUGGCAAGAUGAAAUAGCAUUUGUAAAUGUCAUUAUUUGUUUGAAACAAACAUCCAAAGGGUUGGUCCUAGCAGCUUUAAGGCAUGAUUGUUCUAUGAAAUAGAAAAUGUUAACAAAGACACUCAUCUUCCCAUUUCGUUACCUCUCCCCAGAAGCAGUUGUUUCUUUUGCAUGGAACACUAUUCAAGUUGUUGAAUUCUAGUCUCCCAGGACUCUCUCAAAGGAUUGGUAAUGAUUUCAGACCCUCUGUGUAAAUUUCCGUUGCACAAGAUAAUUUUGUGCUUUCUCAGCUCCAUCAUUUUUCAUGUUUCUGCAGCACUAGUAAGAAUUAAAAAGCAAAAAGACCAAAUUAGAAAUAGAGGAAAUCAUAAUACGAUUUAUUCUAUUCUAACUUAGAAAUAGGUGAUCUAUAUGUUCUUCACCUAAACUCAGUGUAAGGUGGCUUUGAAAACUCCAUGAAAAUUACAACAGAUAAUGCAAUAAGUCACAAAAAGUAACUGUAUCAUAUCUUCAAAACUAGGUAAAUACCUUGUUCCUGCUUUAGGAAUGGAAGAUUUGAUCAUGAUGAAGUAUGCUGGCCUCAGUCCUUUCCAUCACCAAAAAUCUGUGUGUAAUCUUAUGUGUUAUGAUACAUGAGAAAAUAUAUGUGAGUGGGAGAGAGUAUGGAUAUAACUCUUAAUAGAGAUUAGAAGGAUAGGGAUCUUGUAGAAACUGAGUAGGACUGAAUUUCUAUGAAACUGUUAUGAAAAUAAAGUGUCCUUCUAAUGGUUUUACUGGGGAAAUAAUUUCUUCUAUAGAACCUAAUUAAAAAUUAUUUCUUUUAGAUAGUUAUUUGGAGUUAUCUUGUAGGAUGGUUAAAAUCCCCUUGUAAGGCCUAUAGGAAUAAAAUUCUUUAGAUUUCUGUCCCCAGGCUGUGCAAAAAGUAUUUCCAGGCUUCUGAAGAGUUUAUUAUCAUCAAAGCCACUGUGUACAUUUCAAUGCAUUGCAUAACAGGCUAUUGUUCAGUAAACUCUAUUGGCAGAGUUUCUGGAAUAGGAGCGGAGAUGAAUUAAAAAUAAUAAAAAAUAAAAAUCAUAUACUAAGAAGACAACUUAAAAAGUAAAUAUGGCUUCUAAUUCAAUUAAAAUUAAUUUUCUACAGCAAACCCUAUGUAUUUUAUCAUUGUCUUCAACUUAAAUUACAGACAUAUCAGGUGAUCAAAGGAAUAAUCAACAGCAAAUAAAUGUUUCUAUUUCAUUCAUAAUUACAAAAGGGCAUUUUACAAGUUUAGUUUGCAGGGGUGCAACCUUUUUAUUUAUUGCUUUUUCAUACCACAUGAGUCAGUGGCUCUAAUGAACCAGAUAUGGCUGUAGUGAUUAACUGAGAUUAGUUUUUUUGGUUUUUUUUUUCAAUCUCACUCUGACCCUUUAGAAAAAAAGACUAUGUAGCUCUGUGAUCUUGAGACAGGAAGCUACUCUGCUGAUUUUCAAGAUCAAAUCAGCGUCAGAUCUGGCUGCAUAAUAUCCCCCAGCAUCUUUCAGCAGCAGGAUCCAUACUGCUUCUGCAUCACAACACCAGCAGUUCAUAUGGCAUCAUUAUAUAUUGGUUGAAAACACUGAGUGAAGCAUUAGGAAUAUGGGAAUGAUCUUGGCUCACAGGGCCUGGGAGGAAGGCAUCUUGACAUCUCUGCAUACACAUUCUCGACAAAGUUAACUUUCAGUAGCGUAACAGCUGUAUCCUUCAAGCUGCCUCUAAGAAGAAGUCUGCAGAGAUAGAUUAGCUUUGUCAUUCUUUACUCCAUCUUCUGCAUUGGAGCUUAAGAGGACAAUGCUUUUUGCUUAGAGGAAAAUGUGUACUACAUCAGGACUAAGUAUCCGACUAUUCAAACUCCAGAAGGACCAACACUAGAUAAAUUAUGAAUGUUGAACAAGAUGACCUUACAUCCACAGCAGAUAAUGAUAGGUCCUAGGUUUAACAGGGCCCUAUUUGACCCCCUGCUUGUGGUGCUGCUGGCUCUUCAGCUUCUUGUGGUAGCUGGUCUAGUGAGGGCUCAAACUUGCCCUUCAGUCUGCUCCUGCAGCAACCAGUUCAGUAAAGUGAUUUGUGUACGGAAAAAUCUGAGAGACGUGCCAGACGGCAUCUCCACCAACACCCGGUUACUCAACCUACAUGAGAACCAGAUCCAAAUCAUUAAGGUGAAUAGCUUCAAGCAUCUGAGGCACUUAGAAAUACUGCAGCUCAGCAGGAAUCACAUCAGAACAAUUGAAAUAGGGGCCUUCAAUGGUCUGGCCAAUCUUAAUACUUUGGAACUCUUUGACAAUCGUCUGACCACUAUCCCAAAUGGAGCUUUUGUAUACUUAUCAAAACUGAAGGAACUUUGGUUGAGAAACAACCCCAUUGAGAGCAUACCCUCUUAUGCUUUUAACAGAAUCCCUUCUCUCCGGAGACUGGAUUUGGGAGAAUUGAAAAGGCUUUCAUACAUCUCAGAAGGUGCCUUUGAAGGUCUGUCCAACUUAAGAUAUUUGAACCUUGCCAUGUGCAAUCUGCGAGAGAUUCCUAACCUCACCCCACUUGUAAAACUGGAUGAGUUAGACCUUUCUGGAAAUCACUUGACUGCCAUCCGGCCAGGUUCCUUCCAAGGGUUAAUGCAUCUUCAGAAAUUGUGGAUGAUACAGUCCCAGAUUCAAGUGAUAGAAAGGAAUGCUUUUGAUAACCUUCAAUCACUUGUGGAGAUCAAUCUGGCACACAACAAUCUAACACUACUGCCUCAUGACCUGUUCACACCACUUCGUCUAGAAAGGAUCCACUUGCAUCACAAUCCUUGGAACUGCAACUGUGAUAUCCUUUGGCUCAGCUGGUGGAUUAAAGACAAGGCACCCUCUAAUACUGCAUGCUGUGCCCGUUGCCACACACCUCCCAGUUUGAAAGGAAGGUACAUUGGUGAGCUGGAUCUGAACUACUUCACGUGUUAUGCUCCAGUCAUAGUGGAGCCACCAGCAGACCUGAACGUCACUGAAGGCAUGGCUGCAGAGAUGAAAUGCCGGGCAUCAACCUCCCUGACCUCUGUAUCUUGGAUUACUCCAAAUGGAUCUGUUAUGACACAUGGGGCAUACAGAGUUCGGAUUGCUGUGCUCAGUGAUGGCACAUUAAAUUUUACAAAGGUAACUGUGCAAGACACGGGUUUGUAUACAUGCAUGGUGAGUAACUCUGUUGGGAAUACCACAGCUUCUGCCACACUGAAUGUGACUGCCCUGGAUAACCCCGGCUAUACAUAUUUUUCAACUGUCACAGUGGAGACUGUGGAACCUUCUCAGGAUGAGGCACAGACAACAGAGCAGGUUGGGCCCACACCAGUUACCAACUGGGAGACCACUAACAUGACAACCUCACUCACUCCACAGAGCACAAGAUCAACAGAAAAAACGUUCACCAUUCCUGUGACGGACGCAAACAACGGGAUCCCAGGAAUAGAUGAGGUUAUGAAGACUACUAAAAUCAUUAUUGGUUGUUUUGUGGCUAUCACUCUCAUGGCUGCUGUGAUGCUGGUAAUUUUCUACAAAAUGAGGAAACAGCAUCACCGGCAAAACCAUCAUGCUCCAACACGGACUGUAGAAAUUAUAAACGUGGAUGAUGAGCUUACAGGUGACACACCCUUAGAGAGUCACUUGCCCAUGCCAGCAAUUGAGCAUGAGCACCUAAAUCACUAUAACUCUUAUAAGUCUCCUUUCAACCACACAACAACAGUUAACACAAUAAAUUCAAUACACAGUUCAGUGCAUGAACCGUUACUGAUCCGAAUGAACUCAAAAGACAAUGUACAAGAGACUCAAAUCUAAAACGUUUAUGACAUUAUGGGGUGGGGGUGGGAAAAACAAAAUAUGGUUUAUAAAAAAAAUGACACAAAUGACUGGGCUAAAUCUACUGUUUCAAAAAGUGUCUUUACAAAGAAAAAGAAAUUUAUUUAUUAAAAAUUCUAUUGUGAUCUAAAGCAGACAAAAUUAUGUGUAUUCCUCAGAACCUCUUUUUGCUGCACUUAUUUACCCUCCUCCUCCCCUUUUUAAUUCCCAGCCAACCCUGGUUCCCAUUUGCCAUAUUUUUCAUAGGAGAUCUUGAUUCCGUACAGGAACUGGCCUAGGAAAUUUUGUAAGAAUUCUGUUACACUUUGGGAAUUUUUAUGGUGAAUACUAGUGGUGAGAUUCAGUCUAUUUUGUCACUUCUUUUUCUCUUUUUUUGUUUUCUCAUGCCCUUUAUGAAAUUAUUCAACAGGGAAUGGAAUAUUAGCAGCAACUUUACAAGUGAGCAAACAUACAAGCAAAACUUUUUUUCCUCCAUGUAAUGAUUUGAUUAUUUGCUCUGUAUUUACCAAAAGGAGCAUUCUGUGAAAAAAAAAAAGGAAGAAAAAGUAAAAAAUAAAAUAAAAUUAAUCUACUUGUGAAAACCUAUAAAACCCAUGAUCUUUUAAGCAAUUCUAGAAUCAGAAUUUGUAGUUCAAACACUAUACUAAGAUUAUAAAUAAAAUACUGUUUUUUUUUUCUGUACUUGGAUAUAGUUCAUUUUUAGUGUGGCUUUAAAGAUCAAAAGCUUGUUAAAAUUCUUACAACAUUCUGCUUUGAUGGUCCAAAAAAUAAUUGCGUUAAAAAUAAUAGUUAAAAUAUUUUGGAUCAUUACUGAAGAAUAGCACAGUUUUCAUUUUAGUGUACAUAAGCAGCACACUAGCAAAUAAGGUUGCUUGAAUUUUAAUGUAAAAUUAUGAUUAUUUUCUUCUCAUGGUGUUAUCAGUUAUGUUUUAUAUUACAAUAUGUAUUCCACAAUAUCAGGAAAAGUUAUACAAAAAGUUUCGGGUAUCACUGAAUUUAUUAGACAAAGGUGAAAACUAUGUUCUUUUUUUGUUUUGUUUUGUUUUCUUUGCUAUCUAUAUUUCUCAGCCAAUAAGAAAAUUCAUUUUCUUUUCAUUGCAUCAAAGCUAGUGGUUCCCAGUUUAGUUGUUGUGGUAAUUCUAGACAUAAAUAUGAAAUAUGUUUAGAUAUCCAUGAGAUCUAUAAUCAGAUCUGUAUCUCUAUGUACCAAAUUAAAUCAAAAUUUGAAGUUCUAACUAAGAGGAAAUCCAAGAAUUUUGAUUAAAAACAAACAAAAAAAUCAGAAAGAACAAACUUGGCCAAAUCAGAAGAGAAAGGGUUAACAUGACUUGUAUGACAGUUAGAUUGCAGAUAGCAUAAUCAGCCUAUUUGAAUUAAAAUUCAGACUUGUUUGCCAAUAGGAAGUGUACAUCCUUUUCGAUUCUGUUUAUGUACAUCUCUUGAUUUAGCUUGUUGUUGUAGAAUGGAGUAUACCUUGUAUGUUGAAAGCUAAAAGGAAGUUUUUGCAUAAGGAAAAAAGAGAUUCAGGACAUUGUAUUCUUUCAAGUGCAGAAGUUCUUCCAAAUUAAACUAUUUUACAUAUUGGCAACAAAGUAGAAGCAUUUUAAAACCAUUUAGGUUAAGAAAAAGAAUCAUGAAUUAAAUAUCAGUUUUAAAUGUCUUUUCACUGAUUUCUGCAUUUAUCUACUCAUACUUUUGAGAUUCAGAAUCCUGUUCCAGGUGAAUAAUGUACCUAAUUCCUAAAAAAUCUCUUUGGACUGUUCUGGUAUGCUACAGCAUGCAGAAAAAAGAUCCUCCUGAACAGUAUAAUUCUAUUCCCUAAAAUUAAGGAGGAAUAUCUGCCAGACAGGUUUAGGGGGUAAAUAUCUCUCUUUGGAUGCACACUUCUCAAGGUUGCAAGGGAAUGUUGCAAGAAUGCCUGAUUUUAAAAGGACACUGAAGGUAUGUGACAAUGAAUCACACUCUGCAAGGAGUCUGAUAAGUAUAAUACAGAACGAAACCCAAAGUUCUAUAAUAAUCUCAAAGAAACAUUUGGCAAGACAUUAUCCUUUGAUGUACUACAUGAAAAAUAAUAUCUACUCUUAGAGAAUUUUAAUAGAGGACAAAGGUGGACCUGAAUAUAAAAUGCUGAAGUAGUGAUUCCUCUCUUUGCCUACUUCUUCAAAGUGCAUUACAGAGUUUUAUUGCUGAUUUCUUUUAAGCAUUGUGAUAAAUUUUGUACAGAAAUACAAAUACAUAGCUAUUUGUACUUUGCCCAUCCUUAUGGUUACCAAUAUUAAGUCCAUAGUCAAUGCUUAUCUGACAGUUGAAAAGAUUGUUUGCAGAAAUCCUAAAUCAACAGGUUCAUGUUAAGAAAUGAUGGCUACUAUUUAAUAGCCAUUUUCUAAAGCGCUUAUGGUCAACAUGGUUUUAUAAACAUGUAGUUUUUACUAACUCCUGCAGGUUAGGUUUUGGAGGUUUUGGAGCAGGACACAAUAUCAGUGACAGUAAUACGGUAAAGUAAUGCAAAAUAACAUCUGUGACUAUUUAAAACAAUAUAUACAUUCUUACUAAGUAUUAAUCAGGUCAUAUUGGCUAAGUGAAUAAUAUUAAAAACAAUCAAAAAAGCAAUAUAUUCCCAUGUGCUUAUUGUAGGGAUAAAGAAAAGGUGUUUUAGUAUGUUUGCUUGGGAUAAGAUAUAUAUUACACAGGAAUCAUACUAGCUAUGACUUUCUCAACAUCUUCCCUAUCCUUCUUAGAAUUAUAGAGAUUAUUUUUGCAGAUUAUUUAAAUAACAGGGUUAGAAAACGUCACAGCUUAAACUUUAAACUGAGUUCUGCAACAAUGUGAAAGGUGUGCUGUGCACUUUCUUGUUAUGGUUUUUAAAUCAAGCUAAUGCAGCCUAGUGCUACUCCAAAGACUAUGGUGUUAAAUAAAAAAACUGAGUCUCCUGUAUGGCAGAGGACAAUUGAUAGUAAGCUCUAAUGAACUAUAUCGUGCAGAUAACAUUCUGGAUGAACCCACAAUCCAAAAGAGUUGUGGGAAAAAAGUGACCUUACGAACUAUUACAAUUCUUAGUGGGCUCACAAGAAGUUAUUUUUCAGAUCAUAUGAUGAGAUUUGAAGAUGUUUGCCUGUUAUCCUAUAAGAAUACAAAGAACAAAGCAUUUUCUGGACAAGUCGUUAAGUUUUACAAAUCUUUUCUUUUACAGAAAUAACGUGAAAAGGAAAACAAGUGAGUUCCAUUCAAUUAAUUAUACAAGAUAGAUAUUUUAUUUUACUUUGAAAAGGGCUAAAUGUAUGAAAAGUAAAUGUUUUUUUGUUUUUUGUUUUUUGUUUUUUUUUGCUAAAAUAUUUUAAUGCAUUAAAAAUUAAGUGUAACAUUUUCAAGAUUCCUUUCCCCACUGGUGGCAUUAUAGGUUAAUCUCAGCAUUUGAGAAAAGACAACCAAGUUAAUAUUCAAAUGUAUUAGCUUCAUAGAUACGACCAUUCCUGUAGCCCUUCAGUAAUGAGUGGAAAAUCUUUCCAAUCUAUUCUCCCCAUUUUCCCAUUUUUAUAUGAAUCAUAGAAUCAUAGAAUGGCCUGGGUUGAAAAGAGUCACAAUGAUCAUCUAGUUUCGACCCCCCUGCUAUGUGCAGGGUUGCCAACCACUAGACCAGACUGCCCAGAGCCACAUCCAGCCUGCAUCAGCUAAGUACAGCAUAUUUUGAAAUUCUCAUUUUUUUUUUCUAAGUCCAGGUACUGAAGGACUAGGAAAUCUUAGGAGCUACCUUGUAAUUUCAUAUUUUAAAAAAGUAAACAAAGAAGUAAUAUAUUCUUAUCUUCAAGAUGUAAUAAGGAGAGUUAGACUUCAGUAUUUUUCUGUUUUUCUUACUGUAACUAUUUCAUAUAUCUUUUUCUCAUUCAUGCAGAUGCCCAAGAAUCUUCAGCUCAAACUUGUACAUGAAAUUCAGUCUACAGUUAGUCUGUAGACAUUUUAUUUUGGAGGUGGUAUUACUUACUGAUACUGUAGUAGAAUAGCAUCAACAGCUACCACAACUGAAAUAUAAGAGAGCUAGCAGGGUGUUCAUGAGAAGGGAAUGAGCUUGAGGAGACUCUGGAAAACCUAUCUGUUAAAUCUUCAAUGUCUGCUGGCAUUGCAUACUCCUUCUGUGGUGGUGUCCCAUGGAAACACUGUGGUUGUGUGUAUUUUGGGGCGGAAAGAGCAUGGUGUGGUAGAAAAGCUGUGAGAUGGGAACAACUUCCUUGAGUACUUCCCACCUAACAGCAUGGUGUAACAGCUCAGCUUCUGACAUGCAGCACAUGGCUUGAAAUGAGGGAAUUAUUUUUCUUGUUUAUUAGAUUUAAGGUUUAGUGUGCACUAAACAGCUUUAAACCUUAAGGAAUUAAAAAAAAAAAAAAAAAAAAGCGCCAUAGGUCUACAGUGUAAAUCUUACACAAACAACAAAGUCAUUAUAUUUCAACAGAAUGCUAAACUUGUUUGAAGAAGUUUGGGUAAGUCUUUGCAGUAUUAAGAACUCUUCAAAAAAAAUAAGGUUUGUACUGGAGUAGUUGCAUGCUUCUAUUUGCUUCAGAAAGAAUAACUCAUGAUUUGAUUAGGGGAGUUUUAUUGGACAAAACAGUGUGUUUAAUUUGUCUUGGUUUUAGUUUUGUUUUUUUUUGUACUUUAUAAACUCAUGCCUAGGAUGUUAUUCAGAGUAAUCUCCAAAGGGCUAAAUUGGUGAACCCUGACUAACUUUUAUAACAGAUAAGUAUAUUCUAUACUGUAAUUCUAAUGACGUUUUCAAUUUUGGAAUGAUGAGGAUAUUUUGCAAUGAUGACAUUAUCAGAUGAUGAUUUUAUGGCUAUCUUUUGUAAAAGAAAAAGGAAAAUACUGUCUGUCAUUUUUGAGAACAUUGAAAACCCAAUCUUAUGCAAAAGUAGAGAAUAGUUGGAAAAAGAAAUUGGAACAUUAUUGAAAAUAACAGUAAAUGUAACGAUUCCUGGAAAUCAGAUAAUUUAGGUGAUCUUUACAUCAUUUCCAAUAGCAUAAUAAGAAAACAAAAAUUUGAGUGACUUUUCUACAUAUUGUUUAAAAUGUUAAAGAUUUCUGGCUGUCCUAGCCACAAAUUUCCAUUUUCAUUUGAAUAUCACAGUACGUGUAUGAUGUAAUGUGGUCUUUCAGCUCUGGAACCGUUUCUCAGACAGUCCAUCCACACUUCAUCCAUUGCAGUUCAUGUUUAACAUUCUCUUGGGCUGUCCUCGGUCUUGAAAUGACUUGUGCAGUGAAAGACUCUUCGGUUUCUUUGAUCAUCUAGUUCAAUAGCAAUAUAUGCUUCUUAUAUCAGUUUGGAGAAGAUGGUUUCGUAUGGAUUAUAUUUGCAUCAGAUUUAAUAUAUAAAUGGAAAUUUUAUUUUAUUUUGGUAGACAAUGUUGAAUCCUGUUAACUUCAAAAGUACUUCUGUUCCUUUCAGAGAAGUUUUAAACUCAAGUGCAAACAAUAAUAAUAAUAACAAAAAUUAAAGGUAACUUAUAGCUGUGACCUAUGGGUCUAGACGUGUGUAGUAUUUAAAAAGUGAUUCUACAGAUGAGAUAAAAGGAACAGAAGGAAUGCAUAACAGAGAAUGCAUUAAGAAUGAUGGAAUAAGUUACCUGGGAAAGAAUCUGGUAAAAAUCUACUAACUGGAGUUAGUAGAUCACAGUAUUAAUCAAACUCCUAUGCAUAAUUUAAUUCCGUAAUGCAUAAUUGAAUUUGAUUUAAUUUCCUUAUUUAAUUUCUCGAAAGGAUAGAUACUUGACUGGUCUGAGUCAGUGGGAAUCUAAGUUCUUUUUGUGACAGCACCCAUUGCCCUGUACUUGGUUUGCCAUUCACGUCACACUGUUGAACUAUUCUCUGAAGCAGUCUUCAUAAGGCACUCACCUCUCCACCCUGUCUUCAAAUUGAAUUCCAGUAGUCAGUGGGACAGAAAACAGGUCAGUGUUGUAGUACUAAGUAGAGCCUCUGAAGACCUGAUUACUAAGUGUUUAAGUAAUCUAAAUCCUAAAAAGCUAAUUCCUAUUUUAUACUGCAAAGUAGGUUCGUAAAUCAUUUAUGUGUUUCUGAAUCUUGUAUAUGAUUGUUUGUUAUCACCAGCCAUGUUAAUUAACUAUCCAUCUUUGAGAUUGAAAUAUUGUGUACUAUUAAUUAAAUAGUGUGUAGAAGCUAGUACAAAGAAAUUGAAUUUUUUUUCUUUUCCCCUGUUGGAACCUAGCUUUCUUUGUGAUAAAGUAUUUGAACAAAUUCUGAAGAGCUGGAGAAAGAAUAGCAAUAUAUUUGAAUAUCUAGGCUACAAAAUAUUUGCAAAUUGUAUAGAACUACAGUUUUUUUUAAAAAUAAAGGCAAUAAAUAACAGUGGUUUUUAAUUCCUAAAAAGCAAAUGCCUGAAGAAACAGUGUUUCCUGCAGUUUUUCCUUUUAUUUUUUGAUAGUUUACUUUUGAUUUCUGCUCAAAGUUGCUUCUUCUUUCUUCUACAAACAAAUAUAAUUUAAGGAAAUGAAAAGGGAAGAUUAAAAGAUGACUCUGUAGUGAAGUUUGUGAAUGCGCAAGUUUUACAUGUGCUUACCAUUCAUUUCAUUCUACUUUGCUGUCAGAAAAGGUUAGGAAGACUAAUUACAACAUGCUUAUAGUUUUUUCUCAUUAUUUUACAGUUUUUUAAUAUGAUUUUUCUCCACCACUGAUCAAAUAUAUUUUCUUUGGAUUUUAUUAUGUUAUGGAUUAGAAGCCUUUUUCCUUGCCUCUUUCUACAGUCUCAGCCUUUCAGU